UCAAGACAGAAGAAACUAGAAACCAGCUCUAAAAGAAGACCCCAGAACCCCAGAACCUGGUGACACUACAUCCUUUGAGUGCGUGCUGGGUACCGGACAGCGAAUCUACGUGCAGAAAAAACUGCAAGGCUGAGCAGCGGCACCUACCCUGUGAUCACCUCUGCUUGCUGAGGUAACAGGGGUAUCAAGCAUAUAUACUUGCUGCCCUCUGCUUCGAAGUACCCUCAGAACAAGAGAAAGUUGCACUAGUUUUUGGACUACACGUACUUUCUAAACAUGAUGCAUUUCAAAAGUGGACUCGAAUUAACUGAGUUGCAGAACAUGACAGUGCCUGAGGAUGAUAACGUUAGCAAUGACUCCAACGACUUCACCGAGGUAGAAAAUGGCCAGAUAAAUAGCAAGUUUAUUUCUGAUCGUGAAAGUAGAAGAAGUCUCACAAACAGCCAUUUGGAGAAAAAGAAAUGCGAUGAAUAUAUUCCAGGAACAACCUCGCUGGGCAUGUCUGUCUUCAACCUAAGCAACGCCAUCAUGGGCAGCGGGAUUUUGGGACUUGCUUUCGCCCUGGCGAACACCGGAAUCCUCCUUUUUCUGAUCCUUUUGACUUCAGUGACAUUGCUGUCUAUAUAUUCAAUAAACCUUCUAUUGAUCUGCUCUAAGGAAACAGGCUGCAUGGUUUAUGAGAAGCUGGGAGAACAAGUCUUUGGCACUACAGGGAAGCUGGUGAUCUUCGGAGCCACCGCUCUGCAGAAUAUCGGAGCAAUGCUGAGCUACCUCUUCAUCGUAAAAAAUGAACUACCCUCCGCCAUCAAUUUUCUAAUGGGAGAGGAUGAGAAAUUUUCGGCCUGGUAUGUGGACGGCCGACUUCUGGUGGUGGUGGUGACCUUUGGCAUAAUUCUGCCUCUGUGUCUCUUGAAGAAUUUAGGGUAUCUUGGCUAUACUAGUGGAUUUUCCUUGAGCUGCAUGGUUUUCUUCCUAAUUGUGGUGAUCUACAAGAAAUUUCAAAUUCCCUGCCCUCUUCCAGACGUAAAUUCAACAGUAACUGCUAAUUCAACAGAUAUUUGUACACCAAAAUAUGUCACCUUCAAUUCCAAGACGGUGUAUGCUUUACCAACCAUUGCGUUUGCCUUUGUCUGCCACCCGUCAGUCCUGCCAAUCUACAGUGAGCUGAAAGAUCGAUCCCAGAAAAAAAUGCAGAUGGUUUCAAAUAUCUCCUUUUUUGCCAUGUUUGUUAUGUACUUCUUGACGGCCAUUUUUGGCUACUUGACGUUCUAUGAAAAAGUGUAUUCAGAUCUCCUUCACAAGUACCAGAGUAAAGACGACAUCCUCAUCCUGACAGUGCGGCUGGCUGUCAUUGUUGCUGUCAUCCUCACAGUGCCGGUGUUAUUUUUCACAGUUCGUUCCUCUUUAUUUGAACUGGCUAAGAAAACAAAGUUUCAUUUAUGUCGCCAUAUCUUGGUUACCAUCAUACUCUUGAUCAUCCUCAACUUAUUGGUGAUCUUCAUCCCAUCCAUGAAGGACAUUUUCGGAGUCGUAGGGGUGACAUCUGCUAAUAUGCUUAUUUUCAUUCUUCCGUCAUCUCUUUACUUAAAAAUCACAAACCAGGAUGGAGAUAAAGGAACUCAAAGAAUUUGGGCUGCCCUGUUCCUGGGGCUGGGGGUGUUGUUCUCUUUGAUCAGCAUCCCCUUGGUCAUCUACGACUGGGCCUCCUCACCCAGUGAUGAAGGAGGCCACUGAGACCAGCCAAGAACAGAAAAUGUUCCGGUCUGCUGCCCGCCGAGUCACCGCACAUCCGCAACCCCUCGCCGCCGCUUUUCAAAGCUUACAGAAGCAAACAGAGACGUGCAAGCCACUUACAGUGGAACAACACUUCGGGUGCGAAGAAGAACCUCUACGUCCCCCUCCGCCUCCCACAUUUCAUGGAAUCGUAUUUUCUAAUCCUUCUCACAAGCAGUCAUUUUCACUCCCCUAACUGUGUUUGGUGGCUUCCUGGUCUCUUAGAACUUUAAAAACAUGACCAUCCAUCAUGUUUGUUUAUUGUACAUCCAGCUUCUGAAAUGAUUUUCCUACUGACGUUCAGCUCACGGUAUCUGUACCUUUUUAGAAGAGAAAAGAAUCUUGAAUUGUAUAUAUUUAUUUUGCUUUACAGGGAAAAAAAAAAGUGGUUUCAUAAAUAAUUUGCCUAUUUUGGUUAACACAGCACACAGGGAUAAUCAGAGGAGAGUCGUAGGGCACGUGCCGCUGCUGGGUCCCAGCCGGCCCAGUUUGGAGGUGGCCGUGAUCCAGGCCGCCCAGCAGCUGCCCCACCCUUCUCCUGAGUGGAGACGUGCGUGUGGGCGCUCUCCCCAGGGAAGGGGUGGGAAUGAUAUGUUGGUAAAUACACAAAACUACACAUUUGGGCGAUGUAGCAAGUGAAGUUUUGUCUCCCUCUUGGCAUCCCGUGUCAGAGUCUGCUUCUACGGGGGAGACCCAGGGCGCCCUCCGUGAAGAGGCUGUCCAGAGUUUGUGAGAGGACGGUCCUCACACUGGGACGCUCUUCAGCCUUACAGCUGUGUUGUUGAAGGGGGAGGAAAUGAUUAGUGAGGUCAGAGCCCAGCGGCGUUUAGUCCUGUCCACCAGCUUUUAGCAACAGAGAGUACGUGCACCUAAAGAUGAUGUAGGAUAAGCAAUUCCUGUUUUAUAUUGAGUAUUUUAGAGUCUUUAAAAGACUUGUUUUAUAUAAAUCUAGGUUAUUAUAAAUACAAGACUUUUGUACCUUCCAUAGGCCUCCUUUCUGUUUAUUCUCCACUAGCUGUCCAUCUAGUCUGGCAGAUAACCUCUCAGAGAUGGUCUUUUUGAACAACAUCUGCUGCAAUCACUGUGUACCUUGCUUCCCCCAAUGGGGAAGGCGAGGGGGCCUCAGUGACUGUCCUGUCUCUUCCCGUUACUGCCUGUGUCAGUUGACCCACACCGGAGGGCAGCUGCCCCUCAUUCUUACCCCAGUUUUUCUCCAAAGGGAGAGAGCUUGGGACCAGGCAGCUGGGAGAGGAAAGGGAGCCAGAGCGUCUCCUCGCCAGGCUGGCCUCCCCGGCCUUUGGAUUAUCCGUGUCCUGUGUGGUAAGCAGCGUGCCUGUUCUGUGAGCUCUCCCUUCGAAGCAGGGCGGUUUCAUCUGUGUGCAUUCUGACUGAAUUCUCCAGACACACGAGGUCACUGAGAUACCUGGAGAGAAGCAGAGCCGAACUGCAGGCGGUUGGCCGCGUGUCUAGGUGCUCAGCUCUGGAUUCUGAUCCUGCUGACUCGGAUCUCCAAAGGCCUUCGCUCCUGCUGAGAGUCACAGAACUUGCCCUCCCUUUUCAGACUAACGUCCCUUAGAUAAGACAGACAGCAAAGGAUGCUGUGGCCCUCUUGGGCGAGAGUAAGGGGUUAUCUCUUGCCUUGAAUCAACAUAGUUUUUCAUGUUAUGCUAAGAGUUAGAUCUACAUUAGGUCAGAGUUCAGGCAGUUAGGAACAUCUGACGUAGGUAUGAAUCCUAACCCCGUAGAACCCGCAGCCAUCUCUGUCCUCCUCAGAUGUGGUUCCCGUGUUAAGAGCAAUGACAAACUCUGCAGAAAGAUUCAGCCGCCCUUUGGGGCUUAUCUGGAGCACCAAGAAAUAAAGUAAUCGGGCCGUGGGACAACCCUACAUGUACAAAUACAGUUUGCCAGCCCUGCUGUGCUCCUGUCUCCUUGCUUUAAGAACAGUUCGUUUUACAUUUACAGAGUGAAUUCAGAAAAUUACCAUUAACUCUGGGAUGUGUAGUGAGGUUUUUGGGUCUCCGAGUUUUGUGUGUCUGUACCUGAAAUUUAUUAUUUAAAAUAUAUUUAUUUAGAGGAAUCACACCGGUGUUGAUGUCUGUGAGACCACAUGUUUUUAAGCCCUUCUUCGUGUGUUUAUCGAAGUUUCCUGUUGACUGAAUAUACUAGACCUUACUGUAACUUGUCCAAUGUCACCGGUUACAUGGCUUGUGUGGGGUUAGCUGUAAAGUGUACUGUUCUUACUCUUGUUCAGAAUAGUGAAUUGGUAGCCAAAAAAGCCCAUGCAUCGUAGAUGUGAGGUAGAAUUUAAGCAGCACGGUCAAGUGCUAUGGAUGUUUUUCUGCUAAAUUAGUAGACUAAAGAGUGCUGAACCUUCGCCAUGGGAAGCAGCAGACUUUCCUGUGCUAGACAGGGUCUCCAUACUAGGGAAAUGCCAGUUCAUUCUCUGGGUUCAGAGCUGUUCUCUAGUUAGUGUAACAGAGAGUACUGUGAGUCCCUAAUGUAAGUCCUACUUACUGAGCCAGGUAGUGAAGCAUUGCAGGAAGAAAGUUACGCUUGUCGGGGCAGGCAGUCCCCAGCGUAUGAGGAGAUCAGAAUCCAAAAGUUUGGACAUUGAUUGUUUGCAACCUAGAAUGUAUUUUCCUUUAGAAAUCAGGUUAUACAUCAGGCUGGCCCAGAGGCCAGCUAGAAAAAAGUAAUCAGACCCACAGUGUAGGUGAAAUAGAAUCUGCCCGUAACAACCAGGCCAGCAAGUGGAAUACUGUUUCUGGGGUGCCCGUGCUCAGAUGGCCAAGAGUAGGUCACUGCCUGUUGGUGGGAUGUGGCCCGCCCGUCCCCAGCCCCGUGCACACUAAGCCCUGCUGACCAGUGGGGUCAGUCGCCGCCAGGUUGUCCCCUGCAAAGAUGGGGAGGAGUAUGUCCAGAAGCCUGUGGUAGGAGGAGGAGGAAGCAGGAUGAGGCAUCUCCUGUGGGUGGUAAACUUGCAGGGCAUUUCCUGGCUGGUGCCUGGGCUUUCCUCUGCCUCUCCAGCUGGCCUGCCUGCCUCCCACCCCACCGCAGCCGAGGUCGGUGCUGUCGCUUCUCCCUGGUGCAGGAAUAUCUCUGCAAGUGGCCGAGGCUUAGCAGCCCAAACAGAGGAAGGGCAAAGAAAGCUCGCUACCCACUUCCUUUCACCUUCUCACACCCUGUAAGAAGAAGGCAGUGGUGAAGGCUGGCGUGGACAGAGACUCCCCAGCGCUUUGGAGGACACCGCAGACCCACGAACGGACUUCGUUGUGGAGCUGGACCUGGGCCUCCAAGCCGGUGGUCGCUAAUGUGUGUGCGCAGGCCCGGCCAUCUGCCGCAUGGCCUUCCGGGGCCCUGGUGCUCCUCGGGUUUGAGGAGCCCUCCAAGCUGAUCAGCGUCUCCUUUGUUCUGCCUGUUAGCCCCUCCUUGGAGAUGGCUCCUAGAACCCCCGAGGGGUCCUCGCGGCGGACCUCUUGGUGUGAAAGCACCCUCGGUUCCAUCCCAGCGGGGCAGUGUGGGUGGCGCUUUUAGUUUGAGUGAGGAAGAGGCAGGUGAUGUGAUCAGGUUAUUGAUUUUAUGCCUUACAGCAAAACUCUGUUAGUCUCCCUCCGUGUAUCAGUUUGAAUGGUUUGAGGCUUACCAAGAGCAUAUAGGCUUUAGGAAUAUAAUUCCCUCAUUCAAGUAAACAUCUAGCCACUUUCAAAACGAAGAUGCAAUAUCACUUAGCAAUAUUAAUACAUGACUUACUUUCCUUAGGGGUGUGGGUUCUGAGAAUCCUUAGCAAUACAGUGUCCUCUAAAAUAGGGUGGAUUAUUGAUAAUGAUGUAAGGCUUUCAGAUACACAUUGGGGGCAGGGUGGUUGAUAACUGAAAAAUACUACUAAAUCGAAAAGGGAGAGUUCUUGGGGCACAAUGCAAAGUAGGCGCAGAUGCAGACGCCCUUGUCCCUAGGAUGUCCUGAAGAAGGGCCUUGAGACCGAGCCUAUCCGUACACGGGCUCGCAUUUGUGUUUUUAAAGGAAUCUACGCAGCUGAGGCUUCUUGUAGGAAUACUUCCUCUGUAAAUACACUGUAAAUAAAUAGGAGGCUGUAUAUUUUUGCAUUUGUUUAUCCUCACUGAAAUAGAAGAUGCUAGAGUCUGCAUAUAAAGAAUAAGUGUUUUCGGGCUGGGGACGUGGCUUAGCGGCACAGCACCUGCCUGGCAAGCGCAAGGUCCUGAGUUCGAUUCCCAGUACCCAAAGGAAAAAAAAAAAAAAAAGGAUAAAUGUUUUCAUAGAUAUUAGUGGUUUUGUUUGGGAAUUAGAAAAUUUUUACAUUCUCUCCCAGGUAACAUAGUUCUCUGGAUGUAACCUUGUAACCUAAAAUCUUACUUAACUGUUUAGAAAAAAAACGUCUAAGAAAUAGCUGUGUUGAUUUCUUAUGCUGGUGUUAAAGAUCAGUUAUUUAAGCAAUAGUUCUCUGAGCUACCGGUAGGGAGUAUUUAGACCCAGGUCAUUGUCAUGUAGAAGCAGGUGUAUGCAAAAUGACAAGUUGUUUCUUCAUAAAGUUCUUUCACUGUUAACAUUUAUGCCACUGCACAGUAUUUACGGAAGUAGAAGGGGGGGAAUUUUUUCCCCCCCAAAUUGACUUGCUGCAUUAUCCCAUUUGGGACCUUUGAGGAGGAGAAAAAAAAAAUGAGUAUUAACUAUGAGCACAAAUUUGAAGGGAAAAAAAUGUUAUUUUAUCAAGAUUUUGAAAGUCCUGCAUGUCUGCUGUUUAUUUUAAUGUCUACACCCACAUAAAAUGUCUUACAUACUUUUUCCCAAAACACUUGAAUUUCUAGAACAUCAGAAACCCGCUAUGUAAAGCUCAAUGUAUUUUAGACUUCAUGUGAGUCUACUACAUGUAGCACACCACCAUUUUAUUAAUGUAAAAACUUUGUAAAUGAAUUUCAGAUGGGUGUUUUAAAAGCGAAUCACACAUCACAGAACUUCACUAUUCAGAGUUAAUUUAAUGGAGCUGGGUUUUUUCCAAAGUGUGGUGUAAAUAAAGAAAUGUAAGAAGAUCUGUUCUAUAACUGUUCUGUUAACAUAGUUUUUAAACAAUUAAAAUGUGAAUUAAAAACAAA